ACGAUUUCGUUAUUCUAGUUUUGUUUGCGGGAAGUUUUGUGAUUUUAUUUUAAAUUUAUUCGAAAUUAGCAAAGUAUGGAAAUUCCAAAUUUUAAAAUUGAUUCCUUGCUUCACAGUGUUAAAGAACUACAGAAUGAGAAGAAUUGUUUGGACUACAAAUUGAAUGAACUAAGAACCAAAAAAGGUCAGCUGGAAAAAAGAGUAGAGACAGCAAAUGUGAAACUUGUACAAGUGAAUGAUAUACACAUCAAAAUGUCAGAAACUCUCAAAGUGGCCGAAAUGAAGGCUUCCAAGACACAGAGCCAGGCUUUAUGUCUGGAGGAAGCCAAUCAAGUGAAGAGAGAGAAGAUCCUGGACCUCAACACUAAGAUUGAGUUUGAGAAAGUCGAACAGCAAGAAGACACAGAUCAUUUUGAAGAGGAACUGGUCGGUCUUGCAUCACAAAUGAAAACCUCCCGUCUAUUCUAUGAAAACGAGAAUGUGGAGAAAGAAAUCGUUUCAUCAGAAAAUGAAAUAACUGACCUCGAAGGGAAAUCGUGUGAGAAUCACCAGCUAAUUGAGCAGCUGACGAAGGACCUGUGUCGAAUAAAGUCUCACAUCAGCAUUGAUGACGACGGAAUCUCGGACGAGACGCGGAGAUUAGUCUGGCUGAUGGUGAAGAAAGAGAAUCAUUCGCUGCACAAGUUUCUGAACCGACUGCAGGAUGAGCUGGACAGCAUUAACGAAAAUCUGGAGGACUCGAUGAUGUGAAAUCUGUCCUAUACCCAUUGUUACAGCAUUCACGAAACUGUUGACGCGAUGAUGUAAAAUAUGUCCUACCCAUUGUUACAGCAUUCACGAAACUCUGUCGACUCGAUGAUGUAAAAUCUGUCCUACCCAUUGUUACUGCAUUCACUAAACUCUGUUGACUCGAUGAUGUAAAAUCUCCUACCCAUUGUUACUGCCUUCACUAAACUCUGUUGACUCAAUAAUGUGAAAUCUGUCCUUCCCAUUGUUACUGCAUUCACUAAACUCUGUUGACUCGAUGAUGUCAAAUAUGUCCUACCCAUUGUUACAACAUUCACAAAACUCUGUUGACUCGAUGAUGUAAAAUAUGUCCUACCCAUUACAGCAUUCACAAAACUCUGUUGACUCGAUGAUGUAAAAUCUGUCCUACCCAUUGUUACUGCAUUCGCUAAACUCUGUUGACUCGAUGAUCUGAGAUAUGUCCUACCCAUUGUUACAGCAUUCACAAAACUGUUGACUCGAUGAUGUAAAAUAUGUCCUACCCAUUGUUACAGCAUUCACAAAACUCUGUUGACUCGAUGAUGUAAAAUCUGUCCUACCCAUUGUUACUGCAUUCGCUAAACUCUGUUGACUCGAUGAUGUGAGAUAUGUCCUACCCAUUGUUACAGCAUUCACAAAACUCUGUUGACUCGAUGAUGUAAAAUAUGUCCUACCCAUUGUUACAGCAUUCACAAAACUGUUGACUCGAUGAUAUGAAAUCUGUCCUACCCAUUGUUACAGCAUUCACAAAACUCUGUUGACUCGAUGAUGUAAAAUAUGUCCUACCCAUUGUUACUGCAUUCACUUAACUCUGUUGACUCGAUGAUGUAAAAUCUCUCCUACCCAUUGUUACUGCAUUCACUAAACUCUGUUGACUCGAUGAUGUGAAAUCUGUCCUACCCAUUGUUACUGCAUUCACUAAACUCUGUUGACUCGAUGAUGUGAAAUCUGUCCUACCCAUUGUUACUGCAUUCACUAAACUCUGUUGACUCGAUGAUGUCAAAUCUCUCCUACCCAUUGUUACUGCGUUCACUAAACUCUGUUGACUCGAUGAUGUAAA